AUGCGAUUCGUGUUUCACGAAAAACCAAGAGCGAACCCGUUCCGAGCAACGAACGAUCUAUCAAAAUUUGAUGGACCAAUUACAUUAACACACUCAAUCAACCACAACCACCAGUUCGGACUGGCCUUCAACGUCGACAAACAAGAUGGCCUACCGAGAAAAGCGCCGAUCGGACGGCCCGUCUACAAGCCGACGACGACGCAGGAUCGCUUUGUGAGGGGGAAUUUUGUGGUCGGGAAACUUCUCAGAAAAGGCGCUUUCGGAUUGGUGCGACAAUGUCAGCUGAAAGCCACGAAAUCGGUGAUUGCGGCGAAGAAAAUCGCGCAGAAAACGAGGCUGAACGCGGUGAAAGCCGAGUUUGGAGCGCUGUCAAUGAUCGGUCAGAAGCCCUACAUCGUGCCCGUUUACGCGCUCAUU